GUUAGAAUCAGAGAUUUCUAAAACCCUAAUCAUGGAAUUCAGUCAGUGUAUCGACUGCAAGAAAGAAACCGAAGUCAUCAUCGACCACCGCUCCGGCGACACAAUCUGUUCUGGAUGCGGACUGGUCCUCGAAUCCUAUCGCAUUGACGACACUUCAGAAUGGCGAACUUUCGCAGACGAUUCCGAUUCCAGAGAUCCGACUCGCGUCGGAUCCCCUACAAACCCUUUCCUUGACGGCGGAGGUCUUUCGACUUGCAUUACCACCUCUAGAAAAGACGGUUCCGUCACCGAAGUCUUCAGGUCGCAGAAGCACGCGCAUAACGGGGACAGGAAUCUGAUCAGAGGAUUCAAGAUCAUCUCCGAUAUGGCGGAGAGGUUGGGGCUUGUGGCGGCGAUUAAGGAUCGGGCCAACCAGAUUUACAAGAAUGUGGAUGAGCAGAAAUCUUGCAAGGGGAGGAAUCUGAACGCGGUACUAGCGGCUGCUCUGUUCAUUGCGUGCAGAGAAGCAAAACUGUCAAGAACAUUGAAAGAAAUCGCCACCGUGGCUGAGGGAGUUCGGACGAAGGACAUUCACAAAGCGGCUUUGUGUAUACGUAAACAGACUGACAUUGAGACAGCGGCGGCCGCUGUGCCGGCAAGUGAAUUGGUCCGGCGGUUCUGUUCCAAAAUUAGUAUGAAGAACAAUGAAAUCAAAGCAGUGCAAGAAGCCGUUCAGAAAUCAGCGGAUCUGGAUAUCAGGAGGAAUCCAAAAUCGGUGUUGGCAGCCAUUAUUUACAUGAUAACUGAGCUUUCCGAUGCCAAAAAGCCUCUUCAAGACAUUGCGAGUGCCACAGAGGUUGCAGAGUGUACAAUCAAGAAGUCUUUUAAGGACCUUUCUCCUUAUGCUUCAAGGUUGAUACCAAGUUGGUAUGCAGGGGAAGAGGAUAUCAAGAAGAUUUCUUGCCCUUGAGCUUCUAGAACAAAAAUGGGAUGUUCUU